CACCCCCAGUGUCACCUCUGUCCCCUCAGCCACCAUGGGCUGCUGCUGCAGCUCGGACUAUGACGAGGACUGGAUCGAGAACAUCGACAUCUGCGAGCGCUGCAACUACCCCAUCGAGCCCGACAGCAAGCGCCAGAGGCUGAUCCGCAACGGCUCCGAGGUUCAGGACCCCCUGGUGUCCUACGAGCCCUCGUCACCUCCGCGCUCCCCCAUGCAAGACAAGCUGGUGGUGGCCCUGUACAACUACGAGCCCAAGCACGACGGGGACCUGGGGCUGCGGAAGGGGGAGAAGCUCCGCGUCCUGGAGGAGAACGGGGAGUGGUGGAAGGCGCAGUCGCUCACCACGGGCCAGGAGGGGCUGAUCCCGCACAACUUCGUGGCUUUGGUGAACAGCCUGGAGCCCGAGCCGGAUCUCCUGAGCCCUCCCUGCCGGACGCAGAAGCCGCAGAAGCCGUGGUGGCAGGACGAGUGGGAGGUGCCGCGGGAGUCGCUGAAGCUGGUGGAGAAGCUGGGAGCGGGGCAGUUCGGAGAGGUCUGGAUGGGAUUGUACAACGGGCACACGAAGGUGGCAGUGAAGAGCCUCAAGGCUGGCAGCAUGUCCCCCAGCGCCUUCCUGGCCGAGGCCAACCUGAUGAAGAAGCUGCAGCACCGGCGGCUGGUGCGGCUCUACGCCGUGGUCACCAAGGAGCCCAUCUACAUCAUCACCGAGUUCAUGGAGAAGGGCAGCCUCGUGGACUUCCUCAAAACCUCGGAAGGAGUCAAGCUCAGCAUCAACAAACUGCUGGACAUGGCAGCGCAGAUUGCUGAAGGCAUGGCCUUCAUCGAGGCCAAGAAUUACAUCCACAGGGACCUGAGGGCCGCCAACAUCCUGGUCUCGGACACUUUGUGCUGCAAAAUCGCCGAUUUUGGGCUGGCCCGGCUCAUCGAGGAUAACGAGUACACGGCUCGGGAGGGGGCGAAAUUCCCGAUUAAAUGGACAGCACCCGAGGCCAUCAACUACGGCACGUUCACCAUCAAGUCGGACGUGUGGUCUUUUGGGAUCCUGCUCACCGAGAUCGUCACCUACGGCCGGAUCCCGUAUCCAGGGAUGACCAACCCCGAGGUGAUCCAGAACCUGGAGCGGGGCUACCGGAUGCCCCAGCCUGACAACUGCCCCGAGGAGCUGUACGAGCUGAUGAGGCAGUGCUGGAAGGAGAGCCCCGAGGAGCGCCCCACCUUCGACUUCAUGAAGAGUGUGCUCGAGGAUUUCUUCACCGCCACCGAGGGCCAGUACCAGCAGCAGCCCUGAGGUGCCUGCAGCUGGCACAGCCCUGGUUUGGGGUGCUGGGGGCGCCCCACAUCCCCACGGACAUCACCCCAGGAACUCACAGGGAAGAUUUGAAACGCUCCAGAGCUUGGCAGCAGCGGAUUUUGCCCCCUUCAGAUGGGGAUGGACAAAAUCAGCCCCCCAAAAGGAUGGCCCAGGGAACUCUGCUGGCGCCCAGAGGGUGCCCACCCUGCUGUCCCUGCGUUUUCCAGGGGGCAGAUCCAGGCUCCAGCCCCUCAGGAGCUGCCCGGGGGUCUCACCCCACUCCGGCUGUGCCCCCUUCGCCCCCCGGUGAUGGUCACUGCACCCCUUGGCCGUGGGAUGCUCCUUCUCCCCCCACGGCGUUUGCAGGACCCGUCCCACAAUUAUUUUGAGGAAAUAAAAGCCUUUUUAGCGGCUGGGACCUCACAGCUCCAGGCUGCCAUGGGAUGGGG